UCUCUCUCUCUCCCCCACUUCAUCUCUCCCUCCCCUUCCCUCUGUCCUUCUCUCACUGACAAACACACUCCGUUCUCUGUUGUGUCUCUCCAAACUGCACAUGUUUCUUCUCUUCAUGUUCUGGAGCGACUGCUACAUAUGCACACUUGCUUAAACAUGUAGCACAACUAACUGCUCAAAUCAGCAAGUGAGCUCCGAUUACAAUUAAGUGGACUUGUCUCUAAACAAGGACACUUAUUUAAGACACGCAUGCAGCUGUAUACUUAAACAGACACUGGAGAGACCGUUCUCAAGACUACCUGCUCAUCAUCAUUCCUUCUGAACCACCUUUACACAACUAAUAUGAAAGACUUCAGCAAACUCUCCAUUUCCUGCAGUUUCCUGGACACCCGUUCCAAACAUCCUGCCCCUGUCAGACAUUCAGAAGUUGUUCUACUUUUGAAGGCUACUUCUGUUAGAUGAGCCUCAGCGGUUUUUGGAAAAAAGUUAUUGUGCCUACGAGAACCAUCUCUUCAAAGAGGAGGACCCGACCGGAGAGGAGGAGGAGAUGCCUCCCUUCAGAGGAAGAACCCGAGGAGGUUGUUUGAAAUGCCAGCAGAGUCGUUCUCUCCAACUGGCGGUCAGAGUUCUCUAUGGCAUCUUCGCCUUAAUAGUCAUCGCUUUGGCAGUCCUGGUUUCUCUGGUUUUUAGGAAGGUUGACAGCUUAUCUGAAGAGGAAUCACUUUAUCAUAUAAAGAUGACCAAGGGCCAGGGGAGUACUCAAGAUCUCAGCACCAUGAACUGUACAGAAUGCUACAAUGCCGUUCACUUCCGGGAAGAGAUCACCAGGCUCAAGAAGGAAUUUGAAGACCUCCAAAAGAUGGUUGUAGGUCAAGAGCAGUUACUGGACCGGACCACUCAAUCCCAAAACACUCUAACACAGUCCAAUAACAGGAUGAUAAGAGAUGUCCAGGCUUAUGGGAUUACUAUUAAACGAAUAAACCAAUCUCUUGAGCAGUACAUCAAUCAGGUAAAUGGAUGGCAGGCUGUUAUCAACGAGACUGAUCAGGGCAUGAAGACCUUGGUCCAAGACCAGUAUGAUUUUAAGGCUUCUGUGCAACAGGUCAACAGUACUGUCACACUUAGUGCCUUGUGGAUAAAUGCUCUUCAGAGGAAGGCAGAAGAAGAGGCAUUGGUGUUACAGAAAAUGACCAAAGACUGGCAGAACUACAGCAGAACGCUUAAUGCAAUCAAGUCCAAUUCCAGCACCAAUGUCCAAACAAUGCGAUCCAUCCAGAGUGCCAUCUCUGCCACACAUCAGAGAAUCAGCAUCAGCUCAGAUAUGGUGCACGAGCUCACGUUACAGGUCAUGAAUCUGCAGAUACAGCUGGACAACGUGUCUUCUUACAUUGAUGAGCAUGAGGAGAACAUGCAUGACCACCAGUAUCAUGCCAAGUACUAUGAAAACAGGACUGGGGAAAGGUUUGUGACACUGGACACAAGAAUGAGUUCCAUUGAACUGGAAAUUGAGACCAUUGCUUCCAGCAUUAAUGCAACAGUCAGCCAUGUUCAGAGCAUGUACAAGUACAUCAACAUGGAGAGCUCGUCUUGCCAGUCCAAGCUGGGCAGCCACACAGAGGAUUUGCAGAAUUUAAACAAUACUAUUUUGCUUCUGCUAAACCUAGCUGAUUCCUUGAGAUCACAAUAUAUGAUGCUUAAUAUACGUCUUGAUGUGGAUAUGAGGAACAUCUCUAUGGUUAUGGAAGAGAUGAAGCUCGUGGACACCAGGCACGCUCAGCUGAUCCAGAACUUCACCAUUGUAAAAGGUGCUCCUGGUCCACCAGGUCCAAAGGGGAACAGGGGUGAAACAGGACCAACAGGUUCUACAGGAUCAACAGGGAUCAAGGGAGAUAAGGGACGUCCAGGUAUCCCUGGUCCCGCAGGGCCAAAGGGUUAUAUCGGACCUCAAGGAGCUCAAGGGGAACCUGGACCUUCUGGAGUGAAGGGGAGUCAAGGGCUUAAAGGAGCCAAAGGGUCUUUAGGACAACCAGGACCUCGAGGUGAAAAGGGGCAGAAGGGUGACAUGGGAGUUGCAGGCAAAGAUGGAUUGCAAGGGCCAAAAGGACCACCUGGAAUCCAGGGUCAAGCAGGACUCCCUGGUGUACAUGGGAUUCCUGGGCCUAGAGGAAAGCCUGGUCCUGUAGGCCCACCUGGCCCACGUGGACUUCCUGGACCAGCAGGGAACUCCACCUUGGAAUGAGAAAUAUUUAGACCACACUAUUAUUAAAAUUGUAGAACCUCGUGGCAUGAUAUCUCAUAAACCACCUUGCUGGAAACGCAACGAUGUUACUGAGUAUGGAUGGAGUAAAUCAACGUUGAAGUAAUUACAGUUGCAUACAUUCCGCAAAAUUUCACUUUAAACAGACCCUAGCUUCAAUAUACAUCCCUCAGACUAUAAAGUGCUGCAAAAAUGAGUCCUAAAACCCGGAAAUGAGUUAGCAUUUUUGCACUUCUGGUUCCAUCUUAUCGAAGUCAAUGGGUUUUUUUGAAUGAGUUUUUGGUGAUAUGCCUGAAAUAAGGUCUGUGGUUAACACAAGCUCAAGAUAUUUUCAGGUUUUAUUCUCUGACAUAAAAUACAUCAGUAAUACCUCACCCGUGAUUUUGCUAAGCUUUUACAUGUCUUGAAAAAGACAGUUGCUAACAAGUGGCUAAAUGGGACUACAGAGGUUGUCGGGGACAAUAAAUGUCAUCAUGCAGAAUAGGAAAACUCAUCUACUACAGCCUCGUUGUGUUUAUACUCGCGCACUUGCAAACUAUUCCACCUCAAACUUUAUCAUUUAUAUUAUUUUCCAAUUGUAGUGAUUUUUCAAAUUGUAUUCAGCCUUCAAAAUUCAUAAAAGUUGUGUAAAUUUGUAAAGGUUAUCUUGAUGAACAAAAGGUGUAAGAAUCAUAAACUUUUGUGGGACACUGGAAUUGGACAAUUUUGUUGGACAAUGGAAAAAUCCUAUUGGCUUUUUGUCAAGGGGAACAGAUUGAUGCUAACUUCCGGGUUGGCCUACAAAAAUACGUCAUCCCUGCGGCACUCUAUAAACUGCACACACAUAUCCAAUAUCUGACACGCAUCACAUGACCGUGCACUUGGCAACAUAGCAGUUACCUUGUACUGAUGGUGGAAGACUAUGUAGGACUUACUACGGCACAUAUUUAACAGUUUUAAAUUUUGCCUAACAUUUUGGACUUUAAUGUUGUUAAAUAGUCAAAUAGAUAUUUUGGGAAUGUCUCUGAAUGAUGGAACGGUAUGUUUUGAUAUUUGUGAUGGCCUGUAAUUUGUUCUUCAUUACGAUUCCCCUCACAUAUCAUGACAACAAAUGUUAAGGCACUUUAAAUGUAAAUACUAUUUUUAAUCCAGCCAUUAUUUUAGAAUUAGAUCUAUUUUUGUAUAUACAACAAGGCUUAUUCGGAGCAGGUACUCUGAACAAGAAAUAAGAACAUGAAAUUGCGAGAUUUUUAAUUAUUGAUUGUGCGACAAAACUAUUCCAAACAAAAUGUGUAGUAAUUUGUCAAAUACAAUGCACACAAUAAGAAAAUACAUACGACAGCAUCAAUAAUGUUUUUAAACAUAUAUUUCAUAGAUUUUACUGCAAAAAUGUUCUAUUUUAGUGCUAUGUGGAAAAGCCAUAGUAAAUGUAUUUUAUGCUUUUGCCCAGCAUUACAUAUUGUGUUGUAAGAGUUGAAUUUUUUGACAUAAGUGUUUUACAGUGUUAAAGAAAUAAAACCAUUUCUUCAAAGAAACCACAA